AUGAUUAUCCCAGUGUCUCCAACUCCCAGUCCCAGCGAUGGCGAUACGGACCACUUCCUUGCAUCGGAGCCGGACCUGCCCGCCGUGUCCAUUGCCGUCAUUGGCAUGGCCUGUCGCUUUUCUGGGGGUGCCACUAACCCCGAAAAGCUGUGGGAACUUCGUGCUGACGCUCGCAGUGCCUGGUCCCUCAUUCCCUCGAGUCGCUUCAACCAGGCGGCGAGGUAUCACCCAGACAAAGAGCACCUCGGGACGGGCAGCGCCAACAUGGUCAACCUUUUUGGUGGAGGUAUACGGAGGGAGAAACGAGGAGAGCGCAAAGUAUUGCGCCAGUCGGUUGACCAGUCUGAAGAAUUGGAGUGUUAA